AGGAGGUGACCGGAAACACGGAGCAGCUUGUCAAGUUAAUCAAUAAGGUGAAACAUCUGGAGUGUAGAAACACAGAGCUGCAGAUGAAGCUGCACAUCCUGCGGGAGCAGGACGGCUAUGAGGGAAAGGUUGAGGACAUCGUCAGGCAGCUGGAGAAUGAACUGCAGUGGCAGGUCGAGGGUUUGACCCGCGAACGAGCCAAACUGGAGGUGGGGGUGCUGAAGAGCCAGGAGGAGCUGCAGGAAACCAAAAUGAGGUAUGAGGAUGAGCUGCUGAAGAAAGCUGACUUGGAGAAUGAGUUUGUCCUCACCAAAAGGGAUGUAGAUGAAGGUCACAUGGUGACAACAGAACUGGCCCUGGAGCUGGAGGACCUGAUUGCAAAGUUAGAGUUCCUCCAGAUUGGUUGUGAAGAGGAGAUCAAGGAGCUGGAAUUGCAGGCCGCAAACAAGACAGUGAUCAUACGUGACAACAAAAGAAGGUCACUGGAAAUGGAUGAGACUGUAGAUGGCGUCUGUGUCCACUACGGCAACAUGGACAGUAGCACCAGGAAGGACAUAGAACACUGGAACCAGAAAGAAAUGGACACUCUGAUCCUGACCGCAGGAAAGCUUGAGCAGGAAGUCAGAGAAUUAAAGAAGGAAAUCACAGACACACUUCAUCUGAUGAAGAGACUCAAUGUGGAGCUGGAGAAUCUCACAGUGAAGGAAGAGUCUCUGAGAAGGGACAUCAGUGAAGCAGCAACAGAUGGAAACAUCCGCAUGGACAAGGCCAGGGAGGACAUCAUGCAGCUGAAGGGGGCCCUGAGGCAGGCCAACCGGGGCAUGCAUCAACAGACUUAUCAAUACCAAGAGCUGCUGAACCGUAAGAUGACCCUGGACAUCGAGCUCACCAUCUACCGUAAACUGCUGGAGGGUGAAGAGAGGAGAAUGAACAACCUCAUGCAUCGCACCGACAUUUACCCGCCAUCGAAGCAACAGACACCAAAGAAGCCAAAAGGCCUUGAACCUCUCGUCGCCUCAGCAACGGACCCGGCCUCCAAGAAACACCUGCUGAUCCAAGUGGAAGUGGAGGCACGAAGAGUCCACUGCAAAAGCUCCAAAUACACCGAGGACUGA